CCCUCCGGUGAAAGCAGAUACAACCAAAUGCAUAUAAGGAGAUUUGAGGCAUUUGUGCAAAUGGGAAAGAGCCCCACGUGUGAAUUACUUUAUGACUGGGGAACAACAAACUGUACUGUUGGUGAUCUUGUGGAGCUGCUAAUUAGGAAUCAAUUCCUGGCACCAGCAAGUCUUUUGCUUCCAGAAGCUGUAAGGAUGGCACAAGAAGUCACAUUACCUCUUUCUUCACAGGAAACCUUGCCUAUACAUGAGAAACAACUGCCUGUACAGGAAAAAGAAGUAGCAUCUGUAAAGCCUGUUUUAGUUCAGAGUACUGAGAAGCAACAUUCAGCUCCUCCUUGCUUAAGUCAGGACGGUGGCAGCUCACAGUCUAGCAACACAGAUUUCCAUAAUUUUUGGUUUCAUGACUUGGAAAGUAUAACAAAUAAUUUUGAUGCACGACCAGAAUCAGCAGGAGGUAAUAAGCUGGGAGAAGGUGGCUUUGGCGUUGUGUUCAAAGGCUACAUCAAUGGCAGAAACGUGGCUGUCAAGAAACUUGUUGCUAUGGUUGAUGUUAGUGUUCAGGACUUGAAACAGCAAUUUGAUCAAGAAAUAAAAAUCAUGGCAAAGUGUCAACAUGAGAAUCUAGUAGAAUUGCUUGGUUUCUCAAGUGAUGGUGCUCAGCCAUGUCUGGUGUAUGAAUACAUGCCCAACGGUUCAUUGCUUGACAGACUUGCUUGUCUGGAUGGCACUCCACCAAUUUCUUGGAAUACAAGAUGUAAAAUUGUUCAAGGUACAGCAAAUGGCAUCAACUUUUUGCAUGAAAAUAAUCAUAUUCACAGAGAUAUUAAAAGUGCAAAUAUCUUACUAACUGAUACAUACAUGCCAAAAAUUUCUGACUUUGGACUUGCAAGAGCAUCUGUAACAUUCACACAUACAAUCAUGACUGAAAGAAUUGUUGGAACGGCAGCCUAUAUGGCACCUGAGGCGCUGCGAGGAGAGAUAACACCUAAAUCUGAUAUCUUCAGUUUUGGAGUAGUCUUACUGGAAAUAAUAACGGGUCUUCCUCCAGUAGAUGAAAAGCGGGAGCCGCAGCUAUUGUUAAGUAUCAAAGAUGAAAUUGAGGAUGAGGAAGCAACUAUUGAGGAUUAUGUUGAUGGAAAGAUGAGUGACUGGGAUGCACCUUCAGUUCAUAAAAUGUACUCAAUUGCUGAUCAGUGUCUAAAAGAGAAAAAAACCAGAAGGCCAGACAUCAAGAAGGUUCAACAGCAUCUACAAGAGAUAAAAAUUUGA